AUGUCAUUAUAGUUGCUCAUAAUUUUCUUCUUCUUCCACUUCUUCCUCUCCCUCUUCUCUGUUUCAUUAGGCUGCUUUUCCUCUAAAGCGGAGGACAGAUUAUUUCGGAGGUUGUUUCGGAGGUACAACCAGUUCAUCCGUCCAGUGGAGAAUGUAUCUGAUCCGGUCACGGUGGAGUUUGAGGUCUCCAUAUCUCAGCUGGUCAAAGUGGAUGAGGUGAAUCAGAUUAUGGAAACCAAUCUGUGGCUGCGACAUGUGUGGAACGACUACAAACUGAGAUGGGCCCCUGUUGAAUAUGAUGGAAUUGAGUUCAUACGAGUUCCUUCCAAUAAAAUUUGGAGGCCAGACAUUGUUUUGUACAACAAUGCUGUAGGUGAUUUCCUUGUGGAAGACAAAACCAAGGCUCUGCUGAAGUUUGAUGGCACCAUUACCUGGAUCCCUCCGGCUAUUUUUAAAUCCUCUUGCCCCAUGGACAUCACCUACUUCCCCUUUGACUACCAGAACUGCUCCAUGAAGUUUGGCUCCUGGACCUAUGACAAGGCCAAAAUUGACCUGGUGCUCAUUGGCUCAAAGGUAAAUCUGAAAGACUUCUGGGAAAGUGGGGAGUGGGAGAUCAUCGAUGCACCGGGAUACAAGCAUGACAUCAAGUAUAACUGCUGCGAGGAGAUCUACCCGGACAUCACCUACUCCUUCUACAUCCGCCGCCUGCCGCUCUUCUACACCAUCAACCUCAUCAUACCCUGCCUCCUUAUCUCCUUCCUCACAGUGCUGGUCUUCUACCUUCCGUCUGACUGUGGCGAGAAGGUCACCCUGUGCAUCUCUGUCCUCCUCUCCCUCACUGUGUUCCUGUUGGUCAUCACCGAGACCAUCCCUUCGACGUCACUCGUCAUCCCUCUGAUUGGCGAGUACCUCCUCUUCACCAUGAUUUUUGUCACGCUCAGCAUAGUCAUCACUGUCUUUGUGUUGAACGUCCACUACCGCACCCCCAUGACUCACACUAUGCCUGAGUGGGUGAGGGCUGUGUUCCUUGGGGUGCUGCCCAGGGUGAUGCUGAUGAGGCGUCCAAUCGACCAAGGCUGCUCCUCCCCUAGUAUUACAGCAGGGACGGGAGUCGCAGGAGCAGGAGGAGCGAGCAGCAGAGGAAAAAAGAAGAGGAAGAACAGCAUAGGAGGAGGAAGUAGCUCAGGAAGUGUAAGUCUGACGAGGCCACUGAAUGCCCCGUCACCUGUCAAUGCUGUUGUCGCCUUCUCCGUGGUGUCACCAGAGAUCAAACAAGCCAUUGAGAGCGUGAAGUACAUCGCAGAGAACAUGAGAACUCGCAACAAAGCCAAGGAGGUGGAGGAUGAUUGGAAGUACGUCGCCAUGGUCAUCGACAGGAUCUUCCUGUGGGUUUUUGUGACGGUGUGUGUGCUGGGAACUCUGGGACUCUUCCUCCAGCCGCUCAUCAGCUUCUUAAAAUGA